AUGAGAUUCGCACCAUUAUUUUUAUUGUCCCUCUUAGUUGGGUCAAUCACAGCUCAAAACUGUUAUCUUUUCAAUCAAACUGCUGCCAAGUUAGAUCAAUUCGGUCCAGCUAUUGGUGGUGAUGCAGUCUACUUUGCAGACUCAAAUAUCCCAGGUGGAAAAACCGGAUUCGUUUUCAACACUGGUUCAGCAAUGUCCACAACAUCCAACGGCAAGUUGGUGAUCACCGGUACCAUGGUUCCCACCGAUGGUAGCAAGAACGUCUUUUAUGAUGCUCGUUUCUCGUUCAACCCAUCGAGCCAAGCCUUUACUCCAAAGUUGGAGCUCCAAGAUGCUGCCUACGUCCAAAACGGUGGUCCAGUUAACCCAGCCUCAUUCACUUACUACACUCUCAACGCCGGUGACUCUGUCUUUGUAGGUCACGGUGAUGUCGAAGGUGUCACUGUCAACCUUGCUCCAUUCGAAGGUAUGCCACUCCAAUCUGGUGUCGGUGCCAACGGAAAGAACGUCAACAAUGGUGUCUCUGGAUGGUUCGCCCCAACUUUUAUGAAGAACGGUCAACAAAUCUACGCCUCAUCUCAAGUCGUUGAUAUCAACGUCGACUCUGCCUGUGACCAAUGUGUCUCCAACACUCUCAUGGCUACUCAAGCUGGUGGUCAAUCUGUCUUUAUCCAAGGUGACACUAGCCCAUUCGGAGGUAAUGCCAAGUGGGAUUUCAUCAACAACUCUGGAUCAUUCGCCUACCAAACCAACGGUGACCUCUUGUUCACUGGUUCACUCGUCCCAGUCGGAGCCAACUCCCCAACCAUGACCUGUAGCAUGCUCUUCCACCCAAACACCAACAACGUCCAACCAAAGAAGGAACUUUCACCAGACUCUUAUUUCCCAAAUGGUCCAGUCGAUACUAACACCUGGGUCUAUUACAACGUCGAUACCACUCAAUCAUCAUGCACUGUCAACGGUAACACCGUCACCAUCACCGGUGAUAUGGGUAUCCCACUCCAAGUCGGUAACGGUGCCAACGGAAAGAACACCAACUAUGGUGCCUCUGUCUGGUUAGAAUACAACGGUACCAUGGAUAUCUUUGAUAUCAACGUCGACUUGGUCUGUGUUGUCAACUCCACUGCCACUCCAGUCCCAACUGUUACCCCAACCCCAACUCCAAACUCUCCAAGUACGGAUUCAUCUACUUUUACUUCUAUGACUCCUCCUCCUUCUACCUCUACUACCUCUUCUUCUUCUAUCGCUACCACUACUACUAUUCCAUCUACUACUACUACUUUCUCGACAGGUGAGAUUUCCUCAACAACAGGAUGUGUUUGGGUUUGUCCUCCAUCUCCAACUACUACAACAACUACUACCUCUAUGAUGACUACUACUUCUAUCUCUAAUGUUACUGAUACUCCUACUCCUACUGCUCCUUCUACCAUCCCUCCUACUACCUAUCCAAAUGCUUCAACCAUACCAGCUCCCAUUGUUGCCGGUGGUGUCAACCCAAACAGCAGUGGUAACAAUCUCUCAGCCUCCAAGAUUAUGAUUGCUGCCGCCUCAAUUGCUGCCUUAGCCAUCUUUGCUUAA